UGGGCGCCGGCGGCGCGAUGCUGGGCGUCGUGGAGCUGCUGCUGCUUGGGGCGGUGUGGCUGGCGGGCCCGGCCCGGGGGCAGAAUGAGACGGAGCCCAUCGUGCUGGAGGGCAAGUGCCUGGUGGUGUGCGACUCCAACCCCACGUCCGAUCCCACGGGCACAGCUCUGGGCAUCUCUGUGCGCUCGGGCAGCGCCAAGGUGGCUUUCUCUGCCAUCAGAAGCACUAACCACGAGCCGUCCGAGAUGAGUAACCGCACCAUGAUCAUCUACUUCGACCAGGUACUAGUGAACAUCGGGAACAACUUUGAUUCAGAACGCAGCACUUUCAUCGCCCCGCGCAAAGGCAUCUACAGUUUUAACUUCCACGUGGUAAAAGUCUACAACAGACAGACCAUCCAGGUGAGCCUUAUGCUAAACGGGUGGCCGGUGAUCUCAGCUUUCGCCGGAGACCAGGACGUGACCCGGGAGGCCGCCAGCAACGGAGUCCUAAUCCAGAUGGAGAAAGGCGACAGAGCGUACCUCAAGCUGGAGCGGGGGAACUUGAUGGGGGGCUGGAAGUACUCGACCUUCUCCGGAUUCCUCGUGUUUCCGCUCUGACCCGCUCGUCUCCAAUCUGAGGCGGAGGCAGGGAGAGGGCCGAGGCCGGAGGGGAAGGAGGAAGAGGCUGACGCCUAGAGGACGGGAAAGCGGCAGGACUUGAAACUUCCCACGCGCUCCCCGCUGUGUCGCGGGGAAAGGUGUGCGCUCAGGAGGUCGGACCACGCUGUCCCUGUAUCCAUGAGAAGUAAAUUCCACUUAGCUCUGCGCACUCCCAUUUCCGAAAAUAAGCUCACCUCCCCUGCCCCAGUUGCAGUAAUGAAGAGAGACGGCCUUGCCAUUGUUUCUUGCCCCAAGUUCAUGUUCCCUACGAUUUAUAGAAAAGAAACUUUGUAUUUCACUGUAUAAUGUGAAAUAUCUUCCUCUGAGGUCCCCUGCUGAAAUCUAACACGCCCUUCCCCCCACUUUAGUCGACAGGGGGUAAAUUUUUAUUUUUAUUUUGAUGGGGGAGGUAGUUUUAAUUUGGCAAGUAUUGGCUCUCCUUAAAACACCGCUCAAGAGUUAAUUCGCUGAAGAUACUUUGUGUCCUUGGCUGCUUGUUAGCAGAGAAAGGAUGCACCUUAGUGGUGACUGGUUUAAAAUAUAUAUAAAAAUAUUUAUCAUUUGUACACGACGAACUCUUCCCAGUGGAAACUGGCCGUGUUUCCGUAUUUCUAUGUCCUACUCGGAGUGAUCGUGAAAUCCAAGGCUGCUUGAUGUUCUGACGCUUGUCGAUGCCCUCGUGUUCCGUGGCUCCAAUAACAACCGCCAGGAGGUUGCCCCGGACGCUUCCUCGUCCUCUGUAAAAUACAUGUGAAUAGCCAAGAUUUACAUUUGCUUUAAUCCAAUAAAGUUGAAGUGGGACUUUUAUUUUUCUGAAACCGCUUUCUAAACUCCGCAUCUUACGCAGCGGCGAGGUCCGAGGGCCCGGAUGUGAAAGGGCGAGGUCCCGAGCGUGCGAGACGGGCCGCAUGCGACCCGAGCCAAGUCGCCGGCGCUGCGGCCUUCGCCAGGCCUGGGGCCCGCCCCGCACUCGCCGGGGCUCCCGGCUGUGGCGCAAACGUAAGAAAAUUCACCGAAAUCUCACUAGGCCAGGCGGCGGUGCCGCCUGGAAGCAAAGUUUGGGGUUUUCGAAGUCCACAUGCAUCAGGAAUAAUCCCAAUUAGAGGAGCCGGAAUCAGUCUGCCCGGAGCGGCGCGCUCCCUACGCUUCUGGCCCCGGGUGUCUACCGCCGCGUACGCCUCGGUCCCCGAAGCAGCGCUUUCGUGCCACCGCCCCGAAUCCCGGGUCUGCCCUCCGUAUCCCCAGGCGCCCAGGACGGGCGCUCAUCGCGGGACUUGUGAUCAAGAGGUUCGUCCAGGAGUUUUGAUUGUAUCGGAACAUAAUGUGAAAGCAAAAUUGAAAUA